AUGGGCCCUGGCGGUCUCGCUCAAAUGUCUCACGCUCCCUACAACACCACCCACGGCCUCGGCAUGGCUUCCUCUGGACUGGCGUCCCGCCGUGGCGGUCAAAAUCUCAAGCCUCUCUCGUUCGAGGGUAUGAAAGCCCCAACUGAGCAGGAUAACGGCCUGCCGACUCCCCGCACCAGCCGCGGCCAUCUCCUCGCCGGUCUUCGCACCGCACCCAAGUCGGCUAUGGCCUCCAGCUUCCCCAACAACGGUCCCGCUUCACCGACCGUUCAAGGGCCAGCCGGCCGGAACAACCGCAACUCCAUGGGCCCCGGUAUGUUUGACAACAUGUACGGCGGACCUAAGACGUCGAUACCCCGGUUCGGCGGUGCCCACCAGCAGCAGGUUCAGCAGGCUCAGCAGCAGCAGGCCUACAAUGUCGGUGGUGGUGCUGGUGGAUAUUCGCAGCAGCACUACACCACAGAGCAGAUCCUGGCCCCGCCUCAGAUCCAGCUUGAUGAUGUCUCGCAGGACCAGCUUGACCCCAACAUCCAUGCUCAGCUGCUGUACACCAAUGCCUACCUCUCAGAGCAGCAGCAACGUCUACAGCAGCAGCUUAAGGCUUUGCAGGCUGCCGCCCAGCAGUUUCAGGGGCUCAAUCUCAAUGCUCAGGCUCAGCUUAUGCAGCAGCAGAACUCUAUGAUGCAGCAGCAAGGUUUCCCCAACAUGUACCAACAGCAAGCCCAGCUUCAGGGUAUGAUGGGCCCAACCACUCCUGACGCCAGCAAUGUCUACUAUGACCCCCGCACUGGUCAAAUCUACAUGGACCCGACCCAGGUGCAGGUGCAGGCACAGCUUCAAGCGCAGGCUCAGGCCCAGCUCAAUGCUCAGUACCUCCAGCAAGCCCAAGCGAUGCAGGCGGCCAUGCAACAGCAACAGCAACAGCAAGCCGGUCCUGGCGCCCCUCGUGUGCAAGUUUCCCCCCCUCCCGAGGCGAGAAACAGCUUCCGCAGCCCCACGCCCCCUCGUCGCUACGAUUCGCCCCUUGUUGAAAACCCAGCACCGCUGCCCCCUCCGAGCGCCAAUGCCUUCCGUCGUGGCCAUAAGAAGACCCCUUCGACUGUGACUCCAAGUGCCAGCAAGACUUCUCUGACUAUUUCGACUGGUGACGAGCCGCUCAAGACUGCGGCCAGCAGUCUCAAGACGGGCUCGUUUCCGCCUAUGACCCCUCUGACUUCUGGCUAUGGCCCUGGCCAAGCUCGUGCUGGAGAGCACCCUGUCCGCCAACCCCGGAACCCUCCCUCGCUCGACGAGCUCAAGUCCAAGCCUACUGCCAAGCACGACGGAAGCAAGAACUUUGUGACUCGCACCCGGCGUACCGUCAUCAGCAACAUUGUUCGUGCUGGCAUGGAGCGCCGCAAGGAGGCUCGCGGUUCCGGGAGCGUUAGCCCUGUUUCUGAGAGCGCCGAGGAGACGGUUGAGACACCCGUCACCGACAAUGACAGUGAUUCGGGCCGCAGUGGAUCGGGCAGCCUGGUUGAGCGUGAUGAUGCCGAGUGCAGCCUGCCCAGCUCGCGUACCAGCACUGGCAGCUGGGGCGCCAUUGGUUCCGAUCGUCCCAGCUCCCGUCAGAAGUAUGAGCGUCGUGGCCCCGACAGCGCCUCGUCAUCGGAUAACGAGGGUCUCCGCGACUCGGGCAGCUUUGCCAGCCUUCUCAAGAACAGCUCUCGCCGUGUCAAGCCCGAUACUGUCGAGGGUCAACGCAAGGCUGCCAUGCUUGUUCUCACCAGCUCCGAGAAGCGCAAGCUUGUUGUCUGA